GCUCAUGACGUCAACGUCAGACAGCUCUCAGCGCGUUCGAUCGCCGCGAGCGUUUCAAAGUUUCAAUGGCUAGUGAUUUAAAGCGUCGAUUCCGCGGUCGCUCCGCGCUAUAUGGGACCAUUUAAAAGGCUGUGUUAUUUUGGCGUGAAAAAGAAUCGUUCCUACGCAGUGACCUUUUGGUGCUCGAAUGCAUAAUAUCGCGUAGGAGUCGCUGUGUGUGCGGUGAACGUUUGCUCUCUGCCUGUUUUCUUUCAUCGCUAAAUGGAGUCACGGAUGGAAUUCAGUCGAGAAGAAAUCAACGGUACGGUAUGGGAAGUUCCGGAAAAGUACGUUUGCUUGAAGCAGAUCGGAACGGGCGCUUAUGGCAGCGUGUGCUCGGCCAUCAACAAUAAAUCCAAAGAGAAGGUGGCCAUCAAGAAGCUGCACCGGCCCUUUCAGUCAGAGAUCUUCGCGAAGAGAGCCUAUCGUGAACUGAGCCUGCUCAAACAUAUGAAACAUGAAAAUGUAAUAGGCCUGCUAGAUGUCUUCACUCCUGCCUCCAGACUGGACAACUUCCAAGACUUCUACCUGGUGAUGCCGUACAUGUACACAGACCUCUCUAAAGUCAAGGGCAUCCUUACAGAAGACCGCAUCCAGUUCCUGGUCUAUCAGAUGCUGUGCGGACUAAAGUACAUUCAUGGUGCUGGCAUCAUUCACAGAGACCUCAAACCAGGAAACCUGGCUGUGAACCAAGACUGUGAGCUGAAGAUCCUGGAUUUUGGCCUGGCGCGUCAUGCAGAAGCAGAGAUGACCGGUUACGUGGUGACGCGGUGGUACCGGGCCCCUGAGGUCAUUCUAAACUGGAUGCACUACACACAGACAGUGGAUAUCUGGUCUGUUGGGUGCAUCAUGGGUGAAAUGUUCAAUGGAAAAACACUCUUUAAAGGAAAAGACUACAUGGACCAAUUGACUCAGAUAAUGAAAGUAACAGGGACACCAAGUCCAGAAUUUAUUGAGAAACUAGAAAGCCCAGAGGUAAGACAUUUUCAGUGCAACCAAAUAUGGUAUCUUUAAAGAUGCCAUAGAAUGGAAAACUGUAUUUACCUUGGCAUAGUUGAAUAAUAACAGUUCUGUACAUGGAAAUGACAUACCGUCAACCUCAAACACUAUUGUUUCCUCCUCCUUAUGUGAAUCUUGUGCAUGCAAAAAAAAAACACAGAAAAAUAGGCGAAUCAGAACAUA